AUGAAACUCUCCGUCUUCAGCGCCAAAUCCUACGACAGGACCUACCUCGACGAAGUCCUCUCCACCACCUUCCCAACCCUCUGCGAAAUAGAAUACCACACCUUCGCCCUCUCCGCCGAAACCGCCCCGCUAGCAUCGACCAGCACCGCAGUCUCCGUCUUCGUAAACGACACGCUCGACAACACAGUCCUCCACGCCCUGCACGCCACCGGCGUCCGCGCAAUCCUCCUCCGCUGCGCAGGCUUCAACCAUGUGGACCUGGUCACCGCCGAAAAACUAGGCCUCUUCGUCGCAAACGUCCCCGCCUACUCCCCCGAAGCGGUGGCCGAGUUUGCAGUGACGCUGGUGCAGACGUUGAAUCGGAAGACGCACCGGGCGUAUACGCGUGUGCGCGAGGGCAAUUUCAAUAUCGAGGGGUUACUGGGGACGACGCUGCAUGGGAAGACGGUGGGGAUCGUUGGGGUGGGACGGAUUGGACUUGCUACUGCGCGGAUCUUUCAUGGGUUUGGGUGUCGAUUGCUAGCGUAUGAUCCCUUUGCUGGGGGUGAGUUUGAGCAGUACGGGAGUAUGGUGGAGUUGGAUACGUUGUUGGCGGAGAGUAAUAUUGUUAGUUUGCAUUGUCCGUUGACGGAGGGGACGAGGCAUUUGAUUAACGAGGGUACGUUGGCGCGGAUGAAACCCGGUGCUAUGUUGGUGAAUACCUCGCGGGGAGGAUUGAUUGAUAGCACGGCUGUCAUUGAGGCUCUCAAGACGAGGCAUUUGGGUGGGUUGGCGUUGGAUGUGUAUGAGGCGGAGGGGGAGCUGUUUUAUAAUGAUCAUUCCGGGGAGAUCAUUGAUGAUGAUGUUUUGAUGCGGUUGAUGACGUUUCCGAAUGUUUUGAUUUGUGGGCAUCAGGGAUUCUUUACCAGUGAGGCGCUUACGGAGAUUGCUGGUGUGACUUUGUCAAAUCUUUCGGAUUUUGCUGGGGGGAAGUCGUGUGCUAAUUCUCUGGUUACGGAGGGACAUGUCCUGGUCCGUAGAGAUACGGCGCCUGUACGAUUAUAA